AUUAAAGAAGAAGUCAUUACCACAGCUGGAGGUUAAGAACUUUAAACAUUAUUUUCUGGGUUACUGGAGAAGAAUGGAUGGAAAGAUUGUUGUAGCACUUGGAGGAUGUGCUGUACUGGCUGGAAUAGCAUAUAUAUUGCAGGGAGGAAAGAAAACUAAAGACAGCCAGACUGAAUCAUCAGGUGUUCCUGGUCUUGUAAACCUUGGAAACACAUGCUAUCUUAACUCUGUUUUGCAGGCAAUGGCAUCUGUGUCUCUUUUUGUGUCCUGGAUUGAGACUUGCAAUGAAAAGAGUUCACAGAAGCUUGGAAAAUUAACAUCUGAGCUUUCUAAGUUUAUGCUAAUUCUAAGUCAACCAUGUCAUGAGCAAGAAUCAUACGAUCCCACUUCAAUAUUCACAAGUUUGUACUCUCAUGGCUGGGUUAUUUCACAUGAACAACAGGAUGCUCAUGAAAUGUUUCAAGUUCUAACAUCAACUCUUGCACAUGAAGAAGAAUAUGCAUUGCAGAGAACUUUGAAUUCAGUACUCUUAAAUCAGGAUGGCUUGGCCAUAGAUGAUGAGAGUAUUGUUCUUCGCAGUGGAGUGAAAGCAUCAAAAGUUCAGAGAAAAUCUUGGUCACCAUUUGCUGGACUGUUUGCAAACCAGCUGUCUUGUAAAAAAUGUUUAAAUAAGUAUCCAGUCAAAUUUGAAGUGUUUGAUACUGUGUCUCUCAGUUUAUCAUCAAAUUUCCUGUUUGCCAAUUGUACACUUGAAGGGCUAAUCAGAAACUUUAUGUGUACAGAAAUGCUUGAAUCUUCUGAAUGUUCAGCUUGUGGUGCUGGUAAUGGUGCAAAUGAGAAAACCAGAUUGUUAAAGAAAUUAUACAUUGGAAAGAUGCCCCAGUGUCUUUGUUUUCACAUCAAUCGUACAUAUUGGCAAAAUAAUGGCGUUCCUUACAAAAACGAUACUUUUGUACAGUUCUCUGAAACCCUCAAUAUUGAGCAAUAUCUCUACAAACAUAUGAGAUGCGCUACAGAAAUUCCAGGAAUUGUUGGUCUCUGGUCCGAUCAAGAUGGUCGCCUGUCAAAGGAGGGCGUAACAACUCAAAACAGAUUGGCAGGGAACACAAUUUACAGUCUGGUGGCAGUCAUCGUUCAUCUUGGCGAGGCUGUAGGAAGAGGCCAUUACAUAACAUACAGGAAGUCCAACACUUGCUGGCAUCUUGUCUCAGACGAGAUUACAAGAUGUGUACCAUUGUCUCACGUCUUAAAAUCAACUGCUUAUAUGUUGUUUUAUGAAAGAACACAUCUUUCUGCCUGAAUUAUCGCCUGUUUGCGCAAACUUAUUGUAAGAUUAUUGUAGUAUAUGAAAAGUAUAUUACUUGAAGUAAAAAUU